UCUCCGCGCACUAUUGGCGAACGGAUGGGCCUUCCUGCCCGGCUACCUGCCUUCUGCCUCUGCGUGAGUGAUACAGAGCACUGCUGGCGGGCGGCUGUACGUGGACCACAUCCUCGAUCGGCCGCCACAGGUGUCCGCCCUGCUGCUGCUGACACACUUGUUCCACUCCGACUGCAUUAGAGAUCAACCGGAGCGGCUCAGAGGACGAGGAGGAAAUUUUGGACACCCGCACCGGCGAGAGCUUUGCAGGAAGAAGGAUGGACAGCAGCGGGACAGUCGGCACCGACCCCAGGGACCUCGAAGGCUUCUCACUCUUCUACUGGCUGGCUCAGGGACUCGGCGCCCUGAUCAUGGUGCUCGUCGUUCUCUGGACGUCCAACUACAGAGGCGGAUUCGCGUGGUCCUCCAACCCAGCGCUCGAGUUCAAUUGGCACCCAGUCCUAAUGUCUCUCGGCAUGAUCUUCAUCUACGCUAAUGGAAUAAUGACUUUCCGGUACAUGAGGUACCAUCGGAAAAGACAGCUGAAACUGGUGCACGCGUGCUGCCACGUGGCGACCUUCCUGCUGACGGUUGUCGGCCUGUGCGCCGUCUUCGACUCGCACAACCUGGCCAACCCUCCGAUCCCGAACCUGUACACGUUGCACAGCUGGGUUGGGCUCACUGCCGUCAUCCUCUUCUGCUGCCAGUUUGUUGUCGGAUUCGCUAGCUUCCUGUACCCCGGCGCCAAACAAUCGCUCAGGACUGCCCUGAUGCCCGUGCACCGAUACUUUGGAAUGCUUGGAUUUCUACUGGCUAUCGCAGCUGCUCUCAUGGGACUCUUGGAAAAAGCCAUUUUUGCUCUGCCUAAUUACAAAGAAUUGCCAGGCGAGGGCAUGCUGAUUAACUGCAUUGGCGCGCUGAUGGUCGUGUUCGCGGCCGUCGUCAUCUUCGUCGUGUCCAAUCACGGAUACAGGCGCGUCCCGAUGGCCGAGGACGAGACUCUCCUCACGGCCGAGUCACAGUUGGGAUAAACUCACUUCCUUCGACCUAGAGAGCUUACCAAGCUCUCUAACUCGACCCAAAUGGGUGCAUUCGGUUCGCCCUCCUUCCUUUUUAACUUUGUUGUGAUUUAGUUUUAAUUUUAGGAGAGAUGACGAGAUCAGGGUUCUAUUUGCGUUAUUGCAAAAUCGUUAAAUUCAUGGAAAUAAAUUAAGACUGUGGCAGGUCUCGAAAUAUUUUUGUGGGAGUAUAUACAUAUUUAUCAAAAUGUUGUAAUUGAACAGGAAUUUCUGUGUCUAUUGACCUGCAAACGCUUGGUGAAGUGUUGCAUUUAGCUAGAGUCUCAAUUUGAAGUUGGUGCUACACCAAGCGACUUAAAUGUCAAAAGAUAACUAAAAAUUGUUAACCAUAUCUUAUUAAAGUAACGUCUGCAGCACAAAUAACAAA